GCAGAUAUGUUAAAGGAAAAAUUUUUAUACUUUCCUUUCCUUGCAUAACGAUUAUAUUUUUCUUUGAUGUUUACCACCAACCACCCUCGUUGAUUCUUUGAAAAAAAAAGUAAAAAAAAAAAUAUCAAAGAAAAAGACUAACUUUGCAACAUUUUAAAAAGAUAAAGGUAGUGUGACACAGCUAAUGUGAACAGGUCUCUCAUGCAGAACAAUUCCACGCAAGACUUUUCUGAUGAGGGUCAUUGUCUUUUUCACCUUCACAUAAAAAACUGUGGUGACGAUGUAUUUUAUAAUGUGAUUUAUUAUGUUUCAAUCAUUCUUGCUGCCAUGUUGGCUAUUACCGCGGGCGGUCUGUGGUUAAAAAGACGAUUUUAUAUCAAGUCAUCACAAAAAGUCGCGUUUCUAGAUGGGUAUUUGUUAUGGCAAACAUUGCACGCAUCAAUUCGAAUCAUCAAUAAUAUAAUUAUACUUAGCAAUCUUAUUGAAAGAGAAUAUAUGAUUUUGGAACUUUUAUAUGACAUACCGUUUUACUGUGAUCAGGUUUCAGUGAUAUUAUUUAUUAUUGGAAUUUUACUUGCUAUUCCUCAUUCAAAUCACUUUCCAGCAACUCCUAGCUCACAAAGAUCAUUUCAGAUUUUCAUACCAUCUCAUAAUAGUAUAAUAUGGUUCUUCCGAAUAUUCUCUUUCCUAAUCUUUCCGUCUCUUGCCAUCUUUGCUUUACUCACAGGAUAUUUUCAUUCAAUAUUGAAAGUGAGGCCGCCUAAUGAGGAGCCUCAUUUAGUCCAUCUUGAAACACAAAUGAUUCGUGCGCACUAUAUAGUUUAUGCUAUCAGUUGGAUUUCAAUAGCAAUUUGUUUUGCAUACUUUGGUAGAAAAAUGAAAAGGUUUGCGGAAAGUAGCAUUGGACUAUUAAUGGAUAUUGAAAUGGACUCUACAAAGUACGGUCGUCUUAGGUUAAUGAGAAGGUCUAUAACAAGGAUGAAUAUUGUAAAUGGUUUUUUAUGUGCUAAAUAUUUGCUAUUUGCCAUCGGUGCAACAAUUGCUGCGUUUCAGCUUGAAUCAUUGUUUUCUAUUGAUUGGAUUUCUAAAUUAGCUGCUGUUUUGGUCACAACAUUACCUCUUGCUUCAAUGAUUUUAUGUACAUUGUUAAUUCUAUAUGGAGACACAAAUCCCGAAAAGGCUUUUGACGCACAUUUUUCACAGAUGUCGCAUUCACAGCAUACCUUUUCAACAUGGGAUUGUACGAUGGAUUCACCUAAUCAGCAUGACAAAAAUGAAUUUAGUCUUUUACCACCUCCACCCUCGUAUAAAGACGAUAAUGCAAGUCAACAAUAUGAUCUUGUUCAAGAAAUUGAACAUAAACAACAUAAUGCGAAUCGUCAUAGUAAUUCUACAACAAUAUCCAUAAAUCAUCCAUCACAUACUCAAAAUUCAGUUACAAUAUUACCAGACAUUAUAAUAUCAUCACCUCCGGAAAUAACAGUUGUUGAAAAGAGUGCUAAUCGUGUUAUUGGAAAAUCCAAGUUUGUAGCUGCUUGGAUAUUGGAUCAAUGUGAAAGAACCUCUACAAAAGAAUUGCCAAAAGAAUCGUCAUCAUAAUUUUUUGAGGAUAACAACUAAUUGUUAUUUGGAAUUGGAUUUUCUCCCAUUAUCUCCUACAAAUUUAUUUCGACUUUUUUUUAGGACUUCCAUUGUAUUUUAUCCGUAUUAUUGUUUAUUUACUUAUUUAUUUAUUUUAUAAAGAAAAACAAAAAUAGAAGAAUUUAUAGAAUGCAGGAAUUACUAUAUUUGAAAAUAGGUGAAAUACAUAUUUACCAAUUCUUUCUUUUUAAACUUAUUGUACGUAAAUCAAUUAGUGGUUAUAGAAUAUAGAACAAAAUUGUAAUUCCUAAUUACUGUAAUUUCUUU